UUGCCCACUUGCGGUCUUGCAGAUAUCAUUUUCUGCAGACAGUUACAUUUCAUUGAGAGUCGGAAGGAGGAGGAGCUAGCUCUUAUCAUGAUUCAGUCAUAUCAUCAAAAUGCAUAAUUGUAUGCACAAACGACAACAAAAGCAUUGGACUUUUCUGGGUUUUUGAAAUCAGCGAAAAGGGAAUUGGGUAUUGCCAAGUGAAAUAAUAUCGUUUUGGAUGAGCAUGUCUAUACUCGGAGAUUUCUUUGGUGCAUAGGUUUCCACGACAUAAUAAAACCCAUCAUCUUGGAGCAAGCCUUUUCAUGUGAAAAAAUACCCCCUCCUUUUUUGUUUUAACAUAAUAAUCAAAGCCCAACUUUCACCACCCUAAAAAAAAAAAAAAAAUUGCACUUUUUAUACUCCUUUUGAUUUGUUUUGCAUCAAUGGCGUCCAUUUCUAGAUUUGCUCUUACGGAUUACAAGUUAAAAGCUCGUGACGCUUUGUACGGGCCGAGCUCUGCUUUAUCGACGAGGAGGCUGCAAAGCCAUCUGGAGCUAAGAGGUGGAUUUUCUAUAACCGAGAAUGGAUUUAGUUGGGCAAUCGGAAGCAAGCCGGGGAGUCAGAUUGUUGUCGCUCACUCUGCUCUUUCUUCAAUUGUUGGAACUUCAAGCUCAAGGAGCUCUCAAGUUUUAUGCAAGGCUGCAGCAAAUGUGUCUGGAGAUGUUCCAAAUAGCAGUCAAGGUGGAAUGAGCCAAUAUGAGAGAAUAGUCGAAACUUUGACAACUCUUUUUCCUGUUUGGGUUAUUUUGGGUACCAUCAUUGGCAUCUAUAAACCUGCUGCUGUAACUUGGUUGGAGACUGACCUUUUCACUGUUGGCCUGGGUUUCCUCAUGCUAUCUAUGGGAUUGACAUUGACCUUUGAUGAUUUUAGACGAUGUUUACGGAACCCUUGGACUGUGGGUGUGGGAUUUCUUGCUCAAUACUUGAUCAAACCUUUGUUAGGCUUUGUGAUUGCGAUGGCUCUAAAACUUUCUGCACCUCUUGCAACUGGUCUUAUCUUGGUUUCCUGCUGCCCUGGAGGUCAGGCAUCAAAUGUUGCGACUUAUAUAUCGAAAGGGAAUGUGGCACUAUCUGUUCUCAUGACGACGUGUUCGACUAUUGGAGCUAUUAUUAUGACUCCACUUCUUACUAAGAUUCUCGCUGGUCAGCUCGUUCCUGUUGAUGCUGCGGGCCUGGCAAUCAGCACUUUCCAGGUCGUUUUGGUGCCAACAGUUGUAGGAGUAUUGGCAAAUGAAUUUUUCCCCAAGUUCACUUCAAAAAUAGUCUCGGUUACACCUUUAAUUGGAGUAAUUCUCACUACUCUACUAUGUGCAAGCCCAAUUGGGCAAGUUUCAGAGGUCUUGAAAACUCAAGGAGGACAACUAAUAUUACCCGUGGCUAUUCUACAUGGUGCUGCAUUUGCUCUCGGCUAUUGGGUUUCAAAAAUAUCAUUUGGCGAGUCCACAUCUCGUACCAUAUCUAUAGAGUGUGGGAUGCAGAGCUCUGCACUUGGAUUUUUACUUGCUCAGAAGCAUUUUACAAACCCUCUUGUAGCUGUACCUUCCGCCGUUAGUGUUGUUUGUAUGGCGCUUGGUGGCAGUGCUCUUGCUGUGUUUUGGAGGAACAGACCUAUUCCUGUUGAUGACAAGGACGAUUUCAAGGAGUGAAAAUUCUUGGCCUUAACAGUUUUUCUAUUAGGUAACGUUUUGUCUAGCAAUGCUAGUUUCGAAACUUUUGAACAAAAUUUUGGUGAUGCAUCUUUUAGAUCUUAGUUGUAGGGAAGUAAUGUCCUUAAAAAGGUGAAUAGCUUUAGAUUCAAAUUUGUGAAACUGAAGCAGUCCAUAUCAUAAUUAUGUUGUCUUUGGCAUUUUUUAUUUGGAGUAUAGUCUUCUUCCUUGUAGUUUUUUUUUUUUUUUUUUUGGUGUAAAUCUUAUUCCUUGUAUUUAGUAUUGGUGUUGUAAUUUGUUGGAAAUGAUAAAUGCAUGUGAUCCUAUGGUGGAAUUUUCUGGUCUAA